UGGAGCGGGUGGCCUCAGGGUGUCUGCUGUCGUGGGAGUAUCAGCAGCGUUUGCUGCGGAUGAGGCCAGACCCGGGCUGUGCUGAGCGGAUGCCGUCGCGAGGGAGUGCGGAGGGGGCUUCUGCCCGCGCCGCGCCGUGCCGGCGUGGGAGUGGGCGUGGGCGCGGACGGAGGGGCGCGGGACGGAGGCCCCCGUGCCCGCGCGGAGCUGAUGGCCGGGGGGACGGUUUGCGGUGAACAGUUACGCCCCGUGCCCGGUGCGGUGCAAGACGGAGGUCGGGAUGAAGAGCAGGGUGAAGCCACGGAGGGGGCUCCUGCCGCUGUUCCUGGGGGUCCAGCUGCUGCUCGUGGGGGCAUUCCUCUACCAGGUCCAGCGCUGCCGCAGCGUCGGCUCCCUCCUGCGCCUCCUGACUCAGGCCAGGCCCCAGGCUGGGGGACAGCUGCCCUCCAUGGCCCCGUACUCCUCGCCCGGAGUCCCCCACCACGACGUCUACGCCAACCUCAGCCAGAUCCGCCCCCUGGACGUCAGCCAGGACGAGCUGCCCAACUGCCCUGAGGUCUCACCCUACGUCAGCGGCCCUGUAAAGGUGACGAUCCCGGAGAACCUGACGCUGGAGGUGCUGGUGAGGAGGAACCCGCUGGUGGAGCCGGGCGGGCGGUACUGGCCGCCCGACUGCUGGCCCCGGCACCACACGGCGGUGGUGGUGCCCUACCGCGGGCAGGCCCGGCAGCUGCAGCACCUGCUCUUCCACCUGCACCCGUUCCUGCAGCGCCAGCAGCUGCACUACUCUAUCUACCUGGUGGAUCCGGUAAACAGCACUGCCUUCAGCCGAGGCUGGCUGCGCAAUGUGGGCUUCUGGGAGGCCCUGCAGGACGGGGACUGGGACUGUGUCUUCCUGCACGCCGUGAACCUGCUGCCGGAGGACGACCGCAACCUCUACACCUGCGACCUCUUCCCCGCCCACGUGUCCGUGGCCAUCGACAAGUUCAACUACAGGCUUCCCUACCGGGGCUACCUCGGAGGGGUGUUCGCCCUGCGCCCCAUUCACUUCCUGAGGAUAAACGGCUUCCCCAACUCACACUGGGGCUUGGAUGACGAGGACAGCGACAUUGCUGCCAGGGUGAAGCUCAGCGGGCUGCUCCUCUCCCGGCCCCACCUGCUCUUUGGCCGCUACCACAUGCUGGAGGGGCAGGACGCUGGCCCUGGGCACGGCGUCCAGAGGCCCGGUGUCCUGGCCCGCAUUCGCCAGAGGUGGCAGCAGGAUGGCAUGAGCUCACUGGGCUACAGGCUGCUCACCAAAGAGCGGCAGCCGCUCUACACGCGGCUUACCGUGGAC